CCGUCCGGUACUCGGCUUUGGCCUGGGUCAGUUUAGCCUGACGCUCGUCGACCCGUCUCUUCAGUUGCUGUGUGGGAGAAGGAGGACAAGACACACACGCUGUGAAGGGACGUGAGGUGUGAGGUCAGCUGACACGUGUUGGAGUCGCCUGUCAUUGAUGUCUGAUGUCUGCUCACGUGUCACAGGACAGGACAGAUGCCAGAGGAACGAGAGCGUUAGAGCUCAGCAUCCGCAGCAUCAGCAUCAGCAUCAUCAGGAUGGAGUUUAAAGAGCUGGUGGACACCGCGGAGAAAUGGUGCUCCGGGAACCCCUUCGACCUGAUCUUCGCCGAGGACGUGGACGAGAGGCGGCUGGACUUCUACGCCGAGCCCGGGAUCUCGUUCUACGUGCUCUGCCCGGACAAUCUCACCGGAGGAACCGACAAUUUUCACGUGUGGAGUGAGAGCGAGGACUGUCUACCGUUCCUGCAGUUGGCGCAGGACUACAUCUCGUCCUGCGGGAAGAAAACACUGCUGGAGGUUCUGGACAAAGUCUUCAGAUCCUUCAGGCCUCUCCUGGGUCUUCCAGAUAUCGAUGACGACACAUUCGAUCAGUAUCAUGCAGACGUGGAGGAGGAACCAGAGCCAGACCACCAGCAGAUGGGCGUGAGCCAGCAAUAAUGAGGCUCAGUCUCUGCAUCAAGCCCUGCUCUCGUAACCUUACUCACUGGCUCUUCCCCUUACACACACACACACACACACACACUGCAUCAUUACACCCUUUAAUAUCCGGACUGCUUUUCCUGCACCCUGAUUUUAACUCAAAUGAUCAUGUUGUUUUGAUCUAUAUGUCAAUAUCUGUCAUGUCAUGAUAACUCUAAUCACAUUCAAGCAGAGAUGAAAACAAUUAUCUCAUUCUCAGCUCUCUCUUUAUUUAUUUUAAAUCUCCCUAACCCAUCAUGUGACUGGAGUAACGUAAAGAUCAUAAGGUAGUAAAUAUGUUCAGAAUAGAAUAAUGCUGGAUUGUUGUCACAUGAUUACGUUGCAUGUUUAAUUCAGCGAGUGGCGUGCUGUUGUCAUCUUCAAAAAUAAGGAUGUUUUGAAUCCAAUUAUGUGGUAAAAACACUUUAAUUAUUCAUAGCCUGAUCAAAAUUGUAUUUUUAUUGCAUUCCUAUUCAUAAUCAAAUUGAAAAUGGAAGGUAAAUGCAUUGCAUUAUGGGAUAUAGUCCCAUAUUUUAAUAAAUGUUGAAUAUCA